CUCUCCAGUACCUUGGAAGUCAUUCCAUUAGGGAAACUUAGAAUCGACCUUCAACAGGACUCUGUUAGUCUUGCCUAUACUGACUCUAGCUUAUCCAGAAAGCAAACCCAUAAACAUUAUCACAACAUGCUUAGUAUGUUCACAACACAGAAAAUCUGGUCAAGGUUAAGGCUAGCUAGCCAGAGACCAUACUUGGGUAAACUCUGCCAUUUCAGAACUAUGCCGACUUCGUACAGGGUAGGAAAUGAUAUUCAAGGGAGCUUUCGGGACGCAGAGACCAAAACUCGCUGUGUUACGACCUCUAAGUCCAAGCUAACUGGUCACAGAUCGGCAUCCCAGGAUACUACAAAGAUCAAAUUAUAUGGUCGGGCUUCCAAUACACAUUCAAUAUUGCGCCCCCACUCUUCAUCUGGCCAUAUGUCAGUUCAUGAACCGAGGUCCACGAAAAUGACUCCUUCAGAAGAGUUUAUGCAAGAACGAAACAGCUCACUGGCAUAUGCCCGAAAAAUAUCCGCGCGCAAUGAGCGGAAAAAAACCUUGUCGGUGCGAACAGUCAAGGCAAGAAACGAUACUUCAGAACCGGUAUACACCUGCCAACUGGCGAAAGCUGUUCAUGGUGAUAUUAGCAGCCUUUUUGGGCCAGAAUCUGUUCAGAACCGUGAGGUCCUCCCUGGUGAUUUUGUUGAAGUCCGCAGACAAGGGAAGGCAAUCCAUGGUAUCUAUAUUUCAAACUUCGAUGCAGCUGAAGGGCGAUUAAAAUCCACAUCUGUUUCGCUCGGAGGAUCAAUUCUGGAACAUAGAACUAACGAGGUGACAUUCCGAGUUCCAGGAUAUAUCUUCAUGGACAAAGUUCAAGCAGAAAUUGGACGGUGGGAUGUAGAUGCUGACCCAUAUUCAGCACCUCCAGGCGCCGCCAAAGCUGCUACAGAGUUUGCAGAGAAUUCGAGAGUCAUCAUGGGGACUCACUACACAAAAUUCGACACAGUGUAUAACACUUUUUGGUACCAGCGGAAAAUGACAUCGUUCACAGUCAUAGAGGCAGCAAAAUAUGUUUUUAACAAGGAAGAUCCGGGUUCUGUACCUCUUACAUUACAAGAGGUUUAUGCAACGCACAUGUUCUUGACUCAAGAUACAAGUUUGCUAAAGUUCAUCCCUUCUGUAGCGGUGCGCUGGACUGGUGAGUUCUCUAUACGAUCACCUACAGAGGUACAGCUGACGGAAACGGUGAUUGAUUGGAUGCGCAAAGAUGAUCCGCGGCUGACACAAUUUCAAGAUAAAGCCAAGAUGUUAGUGCAAGGCUACCGUGCAGGCAACAAGAGAAAUUGGAGAGAUGUUGCUUUCUCAGAUUCUGAUCGAGCAUUAAUUGAGUUUGUGAGACAAAGUGCUUUUCAUGGUUAUGACGACAUCUUUCUGACCCCUCACCUUGCUUAUCUUCCAAGGCUACUAAGGCCUUUGGGAGCGUACGAUGACAUUGAUCCAAGCACGGCAUUUUUAUUCUUGAAAGAAAUUGGAAUUUGGCCAAGCUGGUACAAUAUGGAGAUCAAUCGCUCAACGGUUACUCCUUCAGAAACCCUUGAAGAGGAGAAAGCAAUCAUGGAACGUAUAGAGCAACGACACCCUGAAGUGCUUCAUCAAGACGUUGAAAAGGAGAUCAAAUAUUCAAAACAGGAUGCUAUAAUCACAGUUCAGCAAAAUAUUAAAAACAAGCAAAAGACUAUUAAACAAGGACGUAUCAACCCCUUAAUAUUACAGGACCCAACCGAACUAUAUGUACGUGAUCCAUGCGACUCUAUACGAUAUGAUUUCGGACAUCAACCAGUUUACGCCAUUGAUGAUCCCUCGGCUUCUGAGCUUGAUGAUGCCUUUUGUAUCGAACCGGUUCCUAUUACAACGCUGACACCGACCCCUUCCACGUGGGUUCACGUUCACGUGGCAGAUCCAACAUCUAUUCUACCUCCAUUUCACGAAUUAUCCAGGUUGGCUGCCGCCCGCGUGCAGACGAUUUAUCUUCCAGAAGGAUCAUGGCCUAUGCUUCCCCGUUCACUGACGGAAGAAUCAUUAAGCUUGAAGAACGAUGGCAAACCUAAAAAAGUCAUGACGUUUUCAGCGAGGCUGGACGAUGAUGAUGGCAAAAUCUUAGAGUACAAGGUCCGACCCGGUAUCGUCAGAAAUUUGGUUACUCUUAAUUAUGAUGAUGUGGACGAAAUUCUCUCCUGGAACCGGGUCUAUGGUGGUAAGGCAGCAGGUGAUCGUGUCCGAAACUCUAUGUUGAGAACACCGGAGGAAAUGAUGAUUGAACGUGAAUACUAUCGCUCUAGUAAAGGGAGUCUUGACACGACUGAUAAGGAGCUGGUGAAUGAACUGCGAGGACUGCAAGUCGUUUCAGGAAGGCAUCAAGACUCCAGGCUCAAAUUUGGUGGAUUUAACUUUACUCUUGGACGGCCGAUGAUCGAGCUUACUCCAUACCCGCUUCCACCCGUUGCCCAGGCUGACUGGAAGUCUCCGAUCGACUAUGAGCAAUGGAAAGAACCUCAGAUCAGCUGCCGAGCUGAUCCAGCAUUCGCAUCGCCCUCAAGGCUCAUGGUAGCAGAGUACAUGGUCAUCGCAGGAAGAGUGGCAGCCCUAUUUUCGCAAGAAAACGGGUUGCCAAACAUGUAUAGGAAUCAACAGGCACCCGCUGAGAAAUACAGGCCUCUAUUUGAGCAAGUUAUCCGAGAAAAAACUGAUCCCAUAACAGGGGUGCUCGCCUUGAAGGACAUGUUGCCACUAAGGCCUUACAUCCCAGGUGCAGAAAUUUCAACACAGCCUCUAAAACAUUGGUCAAUGGGAAUUCAUGAUGGGUAUUGUAAGGUGACUUCACCACUCAGAAGAUAUACAGACAUGGUGUCACAUUGGCAGCUGAAGGGGAUGCUUUUGAGCAAACAUGACUCGUCUUUGUCAGCACCACUAGCAGCAGCAAUACCAUCCAUAUCGUUAAUAUUCAAUCUAGACACUCUUGUUCCUUUAACGAACCAUAUCCGUGAUCGCGAACGCAUGCUCGGUAUGCUGGAGGCACGCUCGGUUAAGUUUUGGCUAUAUGAGAUGCUCCGUCGUCGCUCUGAGGCUGGAUUAUCAAGUGUGUAUGAGGGUAUGGUCUUGAACUUGACUGAAGAUGGAUAUAAUGUCAUGUCCACCCUUCUGGGAUUCCAAACGGUAGUCAAAGCUGACCCGUUAGAAGCGCAGAAUAUUAGUAUGGGAAGCAAAGUCAUGUUUGAGGUCAACAAUUUCAAUCCACAGCGACCCUGGAUUGGAGCCAAGCAUUUGGAAACCCUAUAAGGAUGCAAAGUUUUAUCUCUUAACUGUUAGCCAGGCAAAUCCACCAAUUAAUUAGAAAGUUUUAUAGAAAGAUCGUUAAUACACGUUUCCCUCCCUCUUCUUGCU